AUGGACUCUGCCGAGAUGGACGAGAUGCCCGACCAAGCCACCAUGAUGAACUUUGCUCUGCCGAAGGUCAAUCACCAAGGCGUGCGCCCCCACGACGACGACAUCGACAUGUGGUACUCGUCAUUCACCAAUGAUUCGUGUGCCUGGGACGACUUGGCUGUGGCGGAGACGCAGAAAUUAGGGCUCUUCGGAUUCGCGAGGCCGUCGACUGAGACUGUCGCCGAUUGGGACGGCGCCUGCUCCUGCGUCGGGAGCGUGACUUGUGCACUCAGAAACGGAACUCUGUUCGGAGCUCUGUUUGGGAGGGCGAUGAUGAAGAUCUGCACAAGAAGAUUCGGGGAAUGA